CUGCUCCGUAGCCCCUCCGGCCCCAUGGCAGCCCCCGGCUCCCCAGCUGAGUGUGGAUAUAUCCGCACAGUUCUCGGUCAGCAGAUCCUGGGGCAACUGGACAGCUCCAGCCUGGCCCUGCCCUCCGAGGCCAAGCUGAGGCUGGUGGGGAGCAGCGGCCGCAGCGGCCAGGCAGCCAAGAGCCUGCGGAUCCAGGAGCAGGUGCAACAGACCCUAGCCCGGAAGGGCCGGAGCUUCGUGGGCAAUGGAAAUCUUCACCGAACCAGCAGUGUUCCUGAGUAUGUGUACAACUUGCAUCUGGUUGAAAAUGAUUUUGCCACAGGGCGUUCCCCUGGCACUAAAAUGUAUGACAUGUUACAGGCAGGCACAACUGCUACUUAUGAAAAUCGCUGGGGAAGAGGAACCGCACAAUACAGUUCACAGAAGUCGAUGGAAGAAAGGUCCUUUAGGCAACCUCUGAGGAGGCUUGAGAUUUCUCCUGACAGCAGUCCUGAGAGAGUUCACUACGCACACAGCGACUACCAUUACAACCAGAGAAGCCAGGCGGGGCACACUUUACGGCACCAAGAAAGCAAGCGAUCCACCCUCCUCAUGCCACCAAGAUAUGCUCGUUCCGAAAUUGUUGGCUUCAACCAGGCCAAUGCUGUGAGUAGACAGCGCCACUAUGACACGUAUCACAGACAGUACCAGUAUGGAUCAAUUAACAACACUGUUUUUGAUGCUGUUCCUGUCAGCCCAGCAGUGCUCACAUAUCCCAGGCCUGGGACCAGUCACAGCAUGGGCAACCUCUUGGAGAAAGAGAACUACCUUACUUCAGGCUCUGUGACUGGGCAAGUGAGGCCACUGGUGCCCCUGCAGCCUGUCACCCAAAACAGGGCCAUUAGAACCUCCUGGCAUCAGAGUUCCUUCCACAGUGCCCGCCCUAUGAGGGAAGCUGUGGAUUCAAGCGGGAGGAGAGCACAUAUGACGGCUGGCCAGGUGGCAGCAGGAGGAAAUGGGAAUUUGCUCUCCGACCGAAGCUCUUUCAACGACUGCCAGCUUGGGAAUGCCGACAUGGAGAUGACUCUGGAGAGAGCAGUGAGUAUGCUUGAUGCAGAUCACACGCCCCUGCCCAGGAUUUCUGCUGCAGCUACUUUCAUACAGCAUGAGUGUUUCCAGAAAUCGGAAGCGCGGAAAAGGGUUAAUCAACUCCAUGGCAUACCCAAACUUCUGCAACUCCUCAAAAUUCAAAAUGAAGAUGUUCAGAGAGCUGUGUGUGGAGCCUUAAGAAACUUGGUAUUUGAAGACAAUGACAACAAGGUGGAGGUAGCUGAACUAAAUGGGGUGCCUCGUCUGCUCCAGGUGCUGAAGCAAACCAGAGACUUGGAGACUAAAAAGCAAAUAACAGGUUUGCUGUGGAAUCUGUCUUCUAAUGACAAACUCAAGAACCUCAUGAUAACAGAAGCCUUACUUACCCUAACUGAGAAUAUCAUCAUUCCCUUUUCCGGGUGGCCAGAAGGAGACUACCCCAAAGCAAAUGGUUUGCUCGAUUUUGAUAUAUUCUACAACGUCACAGGAUGCCUAAGGAACAUGAGUUCUGCUGGUCCUGAUGGGAGGAAAGUGAUGAGAAGGUGUGAUGGGCUGAUUGACUCCUUGGUCCAUUAUGUCAGAGGGACCAUCGCAGAUUACCAACCAGACGACAAAGCCACAGAAAACUCUGUAUGCGUUCUUCAUAAUCUCUCCUACCAGCUGGAGGCAGAGCUCCCAGAGAAGUAUUCUCAGAGUAUCUAUAUUCAAAACCGGAAUAUCCAGACUGACAACAACAAAAGUAUUGGGUGUUUUGGCAGUCGAAGCAGGAAAGUGAAAGAGCAAUUGCAGGACAUGCCUAUGCCAGAGGAAAAGAGUAACCCCAAGGGAGUGGAGUGGCUGUGGCACUCCAUCGUGAUAAGGAUGUAUCUGUCCUUGAUCGCCAAGAGUGUCCGAAACUACACACAGGAAGCCUCUUUGGGAGCACUCCAGAAUCUCACAGCAGGAAGUGGACCAAUGCCAACUUCAGUAGCUCAGACAGUUGUCCAAAAGGAAAAUGGCCUUCAACACGCCCGAAAGAUGCUGCACAUUGGUGACCCAAAUGUGAAGAAAACUGCAGUGUCCCUGCUGAGGAAUUUGUCUCGGAAUCUUUCUCUGCAGAAUGAAAUCGCCAAAGAAACACUACCUGAUUUGGUUUCCAUAAUUCCUGACACAGUUCCAAGUACUGACCUGCUCACUGAAACUACAGCUUCUGCUUGUUACACACUGAAUAAUAUAAUCCAAAACAGUUACCAGAGUGCACGAGACCUUCUAAACACUGGGGGCCUCCAGAAAAUUAUGACCAUCAGUGCAGGCGAUACCUAUUGCCCCAACAAAGCAAGUAAGGCAGCUUCUGUUCUGCUCUACUCUCUGUGGACACACACUGAACUCCACAAUUCCUACAAGAAGGCUCAAUUUAAGAAGACUGAUUUUGUCAACAGCCGGACUGCCAAAGCCUACCACUCCCUUAAAGACUGAAGGAAAUGAAGAAGUAUUCUCAGAAAUCCCCAUAGGAAAUCACCUAUUUUUCUACUACCCAGCGAAACUUGAAAAAAAAAAAAAAAAAAGCAUGCCUGUUUCUAUCUUUUUCUAUUUCCAUGGUCACCAGAAUCCUGAAAACAAAUGAUCAGAAUAUACUUUUAUUAGUCUUCCAGAAGACUUUGGCAAGCUAGCCACCAGUGAAAACAGG